AUGGGCGAUCACCGCCGGGUUCCCGGCUCGGAGGAGCCCUCGGAGGAAAGAACGGAACCCUUCUCUCAGUCCGAGAUCGAUGCCCGCCUGAGGAGCAUUCGGGUGGAGGAGCCCUUGGACCUCCCCCAAGCCGACGCCGUCCCGCUGGACUUGUUGCGUGUCGAGGAGCAUCAUCACAAGCAGGGCAUCCGUAUCCUCGUCCGACCCCUCACCCGGAGCCGCUCCGUGAGCCCCGGUAACUACAAUUGCCAAUGGCUUGCCCUCCGCGCCGAGGUCGCUUCCGAGCAGGAGCCCCAGCACAAGGUGCUGGCCGUGACACAGACCUCCAAGGAUAUCAAGUUCUCUGUGCGCAUUCCGCCGGAGCGGCUCGACGAUGACACCCCGCGUCCUCCGCUGUGGUGCGAGCUGUACUAUGACCCGGCCAGCGACAAUCAGAUCCUGCUGAAUCGCUCCGAGGUGCCCAUAUCCUUGACUAGAAUAUCCGACGGGCCCGCCGCGACCGCCAGUUGGACAGUGAAUCCGGGAACCCCCAAGGCCCUCUCGCCAGGCACUUGGCGGAUCAAUGUUCGAGACAUUUCAGUCCUCGAUUUUAGAGUUUUAGAGAAGCGGCCCGCUUUCUUCAAGAAGGAGGACCCCGAACCCAGGGAAGAGGCCGCUUCGGGCUCAGGCUCAGAUGCGCUCAACGCCUCCGGCAAGCGGUCCUUUACCGUUGACGAGGAUGCUUCGAGGACCGAGAAGAAGCCGCGCACGGUGGAAGAUGCUACCGUAAAGGAGGAGAAGGAGGACGGCGUCAUCAUGUUCCUCCGCCCCGCAGCCAAGCCCCUCGUCUUCCCUCUCCCUACCGAAGCCAAGGGUAGGGAAGUCGUUGCGUCGAGCGGCCAUGCCCUUCUCGACAUGCAGAAUGAUGAUACAGUGGUAAUCCCAGGCGGAUGCGAGAUCGAUGAGUAUACCGUCACCAAGCGCGACCAGAUCGCGUCUACGGCGCUCUCCUCCGUCUACAUCGCCAAGCACUCCAACGUGCCGGACGGCAUCGUCACCGUCAAGGUCCUCAAGACUCGCGCCUUAAACCCGAGCGCCAAGCCCCAGGACAAUAACGAGCGGAAUGUUAUCCGUCAGGCCGACAUGUGGCUGCGCGAGUACCAGUCCCAGGAUGACCUUCAGCAUGAGUCUAUCGUCAAACUCUACGGUGGUGACGCGCGCUACCUGUCGCUGUACAUGGAGCAUGUCGAUGCCAAGGACCUCUCGGCCAAGGGCGUGUGGCGCAACCACAUCGACCACAGCUUCCUGGGCGACCGCGCCGACGCCUUCACCAUCCUCCGCGACAUAAGCGGCGCGCUGCAUUACCUUCACAGCAAGUCGCUUGUGCACAACGACAUCAAGCCUGCCAACAUCCUGUACUCGCCCACGCGCGGCGCCGUGCUCUGCGACUUUGGCCUCUCAACGCACACAAGCGGGCCCGUGACGACCGGCGGCACGCCCUACUACAUCCCACCCGAGUUCAUCGGCAAGAAGCUCCGCGGUCCACCGUCAGACGUUUGGGCGCUCGGCGUGACGAUGCUUUACGUACUCGGCCAGAUCCCCUUCCCAGACGCCCGCUCGCGCAAGGGGCCCCGCCCGCUGUACUGGAUGAUUGCCGACGUCAACCGCCCCAUGCCCGCCGUGAGAGAGCGCGCCCCGCCAUGUUCCGCCGUGGACAUGAUGUACAUAUGGCUGAGCGAGGUCGCGCAGGCUCGGGACAAGUUGUACCCGCGCGACAAGCUCGAGCGGCUCGUUUCCGAUAUGUUGAUUCCCCAACCCAACCAGCGUAUUACGAUGGCAAGGGUUAUGCGAGAGCUGUUCCACGUUGAACAGACUCUCGCGAAUAGAUGA